AUGUUUCCUUUACAACGCGGCAAUGAGCUGGUUAUCCAGUUUUCUAAUGGUCUCCACCAGCAACACAAAAUCUCACAAGAUCUGAUUCUCGAUCAUCAUGAUAAUUCUCACUUUCUCAGUUAUUCCGAUCAAAAAUCGCGUACUAGCUUCCCAAAGAAAUCAUCUUACGAUGGGGCUGAUACCAGUCACGCUAAUUCCAACGAACAUACAAAAAAGAUGGUUCACAGAGAGAUUGAGAGACAAAGGAGGCAAGAAAUGGCUACCCUUCAUGCCUCUCUUAGAUCCCUUCUCCCUCUUGAGUUCAUCAAGGGAACGCGUUCGUUAUCUGAUCAAAUGAAUCAGGCAGUGAAUUACAUACACCACUUGCAAAAGAAUAUCAAAGAACUGAGUUACAAGAGGGAUGAACUAAAGAACAAAGUCUCCAUUGAUCCCAACCAACCCGAAAGCCAUGAGACCAAGCAUGAAUCUUGUAGUUUCACUGUCCAUCACAAUAAUGGAGCUGUGGGAAUUGAAAUCGCUAGUGGCUUCAAAGAGGAAGGCCCCCAACUUUCAAAUUUGCUGGAACUUCUGUUAGAAGAAGGACUUGAAGUUGUUGGUUGUCUCUCAACCCAAGUCAAUGGCAGGUUACUCCACAGUGUGCAGUGUGAGGUUAACAAUUCCGACAGUGUAGACCUUUCUGAGCUGAGAAGGAAAUUUUCCAUUGUAAUUCCGUCAUUUAGAUGUUCUGAUUAA